GUGGCGAUGGCAACGGGGCAGGUGUUGUUCCAGCGGUUUUUCUACUCCAAGUCUUUCGUCAAACACAGUUUCGAGAUUGUUGCCAUGGCCUGUAUUAAUCUUGCAUCAAAAAUUGAAGAAGCACCAAGAAGAAUAAGAGAUGUGAUUAAUGUAUUCCACCACCUUCGCCAGUUAAGAGGAAAAAGGACUCCAAGCCCUCUGAUCCUUGAUCAGAACUACAUUAACACCAAAAAUCAAGUUAUCAAGGCAGAAAGAAGGGUGCUAAAGGAGUUGGGAUUUUGUGUUCAUGUCAAGCAUCCCCAUAAGAUCAUUGUAAUGUAUUUACAAGUCUUAGAAUGUGAACGUAACCAAACCCUGGUUCAAACUGCCUGGAAUUACAUGAAUGACAGUCUUCGAACCAAUGUCUUCGUUCGCUUUCAACCAGAGACUAUAGCAUGUGCUUGUAUCUACCUUGCAGCUAGAGCACUUCAGAUUCCAUUGCCUACUCGGCCACAUUGGUUUCUUCUUUUUGGUACCACAGAAGAGGAGAUUCAGGAAAUUUGCAUAGAGACCCUUAGACUUUAUACCAGGAAAAAGCCUAACUAUGAAUUGCUGGAAAAAGAAGUAGAAAAAAGAAAAGUAGCCUUACAGGAAGCCAAGUUAAAAGCAAAGGGAUUGAAUCCCGAUGGAACUCCAGCUCUUUCAACCCUUGGUGGAUUUUCUCCAGCUUCUAAACCAUCCUCACCAAGAGAAGUAAAAGCUGAAGAAAAAUCGCCAAUCUCCAUUAAUGUGAAGACAGUCAAAAAAGAACCCGAGGAUAGACAACAGGCUUCGAAAAGCCCUUAUAAUGGUGUAAGAAAAGACAGCAAGAGAAGCAGGAACAGCAGAAGUGCUAGUAGAUCAAGGUCAAGAACCAGAUCGCGCUCUAGAUCACACACCCCAAGAAGACAUUACAAUAAUAGGCGAAGUCGAUCUGGAACAUACAGCUCAAGAUCAAGAAGCAGGUCCCGCAGUCACAGUGAAAGCCCUCGAAGACAUCAUAAUCAUGGUUCUCCUCACCUUAAGGCCAAACAUACCAGAGAAGAUUUAAAAAGCUCAAAUAGACAUGGUCAUAAAAGGAAAAAAUCUCGGUCUCGAUCUCAGAGCAAGUCUCGGGAUCACUCAGAUGUUGCCAAGAAACACAGGCAUGAAAGGGGACAUCACAGAGACAGGCGUGAAAGAUCUCGCUCCUUUGAGAGAUCCCAUAAAAGCAAGCACCAUGGUGGCAGUCGCUCAGGACAUGGCAGGCAUAGGCGUUGACUUUCUUCCUCUGACACUGCAUCAUUGGUUUGUGGUUGUGCAGUGUGAUGUAUGGACUCAAUCAAAACAUGAAGCAAACUGAUUAGGAAUUGAUUUAUUAAAAUUGUCUAGGUCUCUAGAAACACUGAGGACAUUUUCUUUGGAAAAGAACUAUGUUAAGGUUUUUUGCACAUUAAAAUGCCCUAGCAGUAUCUAAUUGAAAACCAUGGUCAGGUUCAAUUGUACUUUAUUAGAGUUGUGUAUUGUUUAUUGCUACAAGAACUGGAGCGUGAAUUCUGUAAAAAUGUAUCUUAUUUUUAUACAGAUAAAACUUGCAGACACUGUUCUAUUUAAGUGGUUAUUUGUUUAAAUGAUGGUGAAUACUUUCUUAACACUGGUUUGUCUGCAUGUGUAAAGAUUUUUACAAGGAAAUAAAAUGCAAAUCUUGUUUUUCUAAA